CCGGCCAGCCCUUUGGUAUGCUCCAAGAUGGCGGCCCACGUGGUGCGGCGGGGGAGCCUCUGGGCGCGGAAAGUGUCGCUGCCUCAGCUCUCCCUGACAGGUAAAAGAUGCCUGCUUUCUGCAGCAUAUGUGGACAGCCACAAAUGGGAAGCAAGAGAAAAAGAAGAUUGUCACCUUGCUGAUCUGGCAUCUUUAAUGGAUAAAACAUAUGAGAGAAAGCUGCCCGUUAGUUCUUUAACAAUAUCACGGUUUGUGGACAACAUUUCAUCUCGAGAAGAGAUAGACCAUGCAGAGUAUUACCUGUACAAAUUUCGACACAGCCCCAACUGCUGGUACCUGAGAGAUUGGACUAUCCACACCUGGAUUAGGCAGUGUCUAAAAUAUGGUGCCCAAGACAAAGCGUUAUAUACCCUUGUAAAUAAGGUCCAAUAUGGUAUUUUUCCAGAUAACUUUACAUUUAAUUUACUGAUGGAUCAUUUCAUAAAGGAAGAAAAUUACAAAGAUGCUUUAUCCGUGGUUUUUGAGAUCAUGAUGCAAGAAGCUUUUGAGGUUCCCUCCACCCAACUCCUCUCCCUCUAUGUUCUAUACUACUGCCUGGCAAAGAAGACAAACUUCAGUUGGGAAGAGGAGAGGAACUUUGGUGCAUCCCUGUUACUCCCAGGCCUAAAGCAAAAGAAUUCGGUGGGGUUGAGUUCCCAGUUGUACGGCUAUGCGCUUCUUGGGAAGGUGGAAUUGCAGCAAGGGCUGCGGGCUGUGUACCAUAACAUGCCCCUGCUGUGGCAACCAGGCUACCUCAACAGGGCCCUUCAAGUAAUGGAGAAGGUGGCCUCCUCCCCCGAAGACGGAAAGCUGUGUAGAGAAGCGCUCGAUGUGCUGGACAGAGCGCUGAAGGUGGCUCUGACCGCUCCGGCCCAAGGGUCUUCAGAGGACCAGCCCCAAGAAGGUGAGAAGACCCAGAAGUCAGAAGAACUGGUGGAGCAGCUGGAUGUGGAGGAAACGGAACAGUCCAAGCUUCCCCGUUACCUGGAACGAUUUGAGGCCUUACAUUCUAAGCUACACGCUCUGGGCAAAGUUGAGUCAGAAAGCCUUCUGACCCUGACCACCCAGCUUGUCAAGGAACAGCUCCCUCCCUGUGAAGCAGAAGACAUCGCUGCCUACGAGCAGAAGCUGCAGCAGUGGCAUCUGGAUUGGGUGCAUUUGAUUCAGAGGGAAAAGGAGCAGAGGGAGAGGGCCAAGCAGGAGCAGGCGGCUCGAAGAGCAGCGAAGGCAUCUGCCUAAUUAGGCCCCUCAGGGGCCACAGGAACUUCACAGGAGCCCGUCUCAGGAUCCACAGUGACCGUGAGGGCAGCCUCAGUGUCCUGCAUCCUCCUCCUCCUGGUCUUAAAGCAGACCCCCUAAGGUACAUGUCAAGCCAUGUGACCACCCACCCGGAUGCCAAGAAGGCUGUGGAACCAUGAAAGUGGCAAAUGGUCAGACUGAAGCCACCGGCUAAGUACCUUAAAUAAGGGCUCUCGAGGCUCAUAGUGGAGUUCUUGGGGGACAGGGAUCAAUUUUGAAGACUGAAAAUCCCUGAUACCUAGCGAUGGUGGUGGGAGAAGCCGUGACCGAAGAAUCCGGUCUCAAGCACAAGCUUUUGAAUGGUCUCUCUGUCCCCAGCCGAGGCCACCUGCAGGUCCUGAGACCUUGUCCCCUAAUCUCGCGUGCAAGCUGUCAGCCUGCGCUGGGUGUGGGAUGCCCACACAUCCCCACUUUCCCCGCCCAGACCUGAACUGGGAGAAGUUCAGACCUGAACUGGGAGAAGUCCAGUACAGCAGCGAACACAAGACCGGCUGGCUCUAGAAUCUCAGGGACCCCCGCUGGCAUUUUUAGCAUGUGAGGGCUUUUGAGGAGAGAGCAAGCCCUAGCUCUGAAGCUUCCGUGGCUUGACUCCCCAUCACGUUGGGGUAACUUUCUCACAAAGCAGUGUCUCAGCUCCUCAUCAAGUAGGUAAAGUGAGCCUUCUGUGUACACACAUGCACACACAUACAAUUUGUGAACACAUGUUUCAGUUAGAAGUUGGAGAAAAUGAGAGAUGGGAUGGGGCUUGCAGUGCGUAGAAGACAUGAGUGAUUGUAAAACUGUCAGGAGGUGGAAAAUUUCUCUCUGGGGUUUCUCUGUGGAAGGGGUCAGGGGCCGCUCUUGCUGGCUGUGUAAUUUUGCCCUUAUGUGUAGUGGUAUACUUUUAUGCAGGAUUGUGCUUUUGUAUCAAGAACCUGUGGAAAUAAAUGUUCUAGGAUCA